AUGGUAGAUAUUCUGGGAAAGAUGAAGCAAUUCCAAGCAAUGUGGAAUUUGAUUGAGGAAAUGAAGCUUGUGGGUGGGCUGAUUUCACUGAGGACUUUUACUAAAGCAAUGAGGAGGUAUGGUGGUGCAGAAAAGUGGGAAGAAGCAAUCAGGACAUUCAAUGAUAUGGAAGAGUUUGGGGUUGAAAUGGAUACUGCAGCCAUGAAUGUGCUCUUGGACGUGCUCUGUAAGGAAAAAAAGGCAGAACAUGUGUGGGAUGUUUUUGUGGAUUUGAAGGACAGAAUUCCCCCAGAUGCACAUACUUUUAAUGCCUUGAUCCAUGGAUGGUGCAAGGCAAGGAAGUUUGAGGAGGCAGAAUGGACCAUAGAAGAAAUGAAAAGGCAUGGUUUCAGCCCAUGUGUUGUCUCCUAUACUAAUUUUAUUGAAGCGUAUUGCCUUGAUAAGGAUUUCCAUAAGGUUGAUAAGCUUCUAGAUGAAAUGCAAGAGAAGGGUUGUCCUCCUAAUGUGGUAACAUAUACUAUUGUGAUGCGUGCUUUAGGCAAAGCAAAGAAAAUUGAAGAAGCUUUGAGAAUGUAUGAUAGAAUCAAAGCAAAUGGGUGCACCCCUGAUAUUGCUUUUUACAAUUCCUUAAUUUUUGUUCUAGGUAAAGGAGGUAGGUUAAAAAGUGCUUAUGAAGUCCUUAGGGAACUGCCUAAGACAGGUAUUACACCCAAUAUUGUUACAUACAAUACCUUGCUUGCUGUGACUUCUGAAUUUUUGGAGGAGGAAAAUGCCCUGAGACUUUUCCGGGAAAUGGAAGAAAACAAUUGUAAGCCAGAUCUUCAAACUUACAAUCCACUGCUUAAAAUGUGCUGCAGGAUGAAAAGAAUGAAAAUUCUUUCCUAUCUGUUAGAAGAUAUGCUUAGAAAGGACUGUGUUCCUGAUCUUGGAACCUAUAGUUUAAUAGUGUAUGAGCUUUCCAAAGUUGGCAUGUUAGAUCAAGCUUGCCAGUUCUUUGAGGAAAUGAUAGAGAAAAAAAUAGUUCCAAAACAUAUUACAUACAGAUAUCUUGUGGGUGAACUUGAGAGAUGCUUUGUUGCUGUAUUACCUCCAUCUUUACUUUUCUUGACUUUAUUGCUUAAUGGAGUAGGCACUAGUCCAUAUUGGUUAGGUGGACAGGAAAGAAAGAGAGUGGGUGAGGGCAAGGUUGGCUUUCUAACAGGAAUAGAUGUUAGGAAAUAUGCUGGGACGGAUACUGACUCAACUCGAUUAGCUGCCCUUUCUUUUUCUGCCUACGCUUGUGUUACUGCCUUCUAUACCCCUGCGUUUCCUGGCACUACUACCUAUGUGCCCAAGUGUCCGUGCCAAUGCCGUGCAGAGCAGCUUACCGUGGUGCCAUGA